AUGCCCUCAAUGAAAGUGGAGGGUGAUAGUGAUGGAGAUGGAGAUAUGUCCGGUGGAGAAACUGAAAGGUCUGGAGGAUCUUCUAGAGGCCCGGACCGAGACUCAAGCGCGGAAGAGGCUGAUGAACCGGACUCUGACGACUCCUCGGAAAUGGAUGAAAGUGAAUGUGAGCGACGUCGUAACGAGUGCCUCGAUAACUUGGCGAACCUCGAACGACAGUUCACCGUGCUCCGGGAGCAGCUGUACAACGAGAGGGUGAAACAUGUGGAAUAUCAGCUUGCGGAGGUCCGGGGUGGACGAUCGCAGGAGUACCUUGGUCCGUUGCGAAGGUUGCAAGAGAACAUGCGUGUGAGGAUCGAAGUGGCGGGCAUUCUGAAGCAAAUGCGUAUAGAUAAUAUAAAGCAUAUCUACGAAGCGGAGGAGCAAGCCGCUCACCAGCAUUUUAAGCGUUUCAGGUGUAAAACGUGUGACUUUCUGCAUUCGAACAUCCGCAUGCCAAGCGUGAGGUCCAUGUCCGGCUGUGAACUAUGA